AUGUUGUCCGUGCUGCGGUCCCCGACGCGGCCAUUGCUCCUCCGCACAACGCCGCACGUGCCCCAACGCCGCGCGUCGUCCCUCGUCCGCCGCACGUGGGACUCGUACACGCACUUACUCGAGACGCGGCCGCUCCGCACCAAAGUCGUCACGGGGGGUGUGAUCAUGGGGCUGGGCGACGUGCUGUGUCAAAGUCUGGUCAACCACUUGAGCGACCACCAGCGCAAGUUUGACGCCAAGCGCGCGGCCAUCUUCACCGUCUUGGGCGGGGGCCUGAUCUCGCCCAUGCUGCACGUGUGGUACAAACUGUUGGGCGCGCUGCUGCCGGGCGUUGCGCCGCUGACGAUCGCUAAGCGACUGGCGCUCGACCAAUUGGGCUUUGCGCCGACGUUUCUGCCCGUGUUUUUGUCGCUCGUGAUGGCGCUCGAAGGACAGGCGGAGCUCAUUCCCGACAAGUUACGCGCGGACUGGUGGCCCGUGACCAAAGCCAAUUGGGGCGUGUGGGUCCCGGCGCAGUUUAUCAACUUUCGCUUCGUGCCGAGUUCGAUGCAGGUGCUCUUCUCGAAUGUCGUGGGACUGCUCUGGAACGCGUACUUGUCGUACGUCAGCCACUCGGGCGUGCCCAAGAAGAAGGACGAGAUGCUCGAGGACGAGGAGACGUGA